AUGGCCGAAUGGGUCUGCCGGCGCGGCUGGCCGGCAUUAGGUUUAGCAGCAUUGCUCUGUCUCGGCGCUCUGACGAGAUGCUCGGUCGCUGCAGACGAUGAUGAGGAGGAAACCAUUUCCGGGAAAACGGGAAACUAUCUGUCAGACGCUGCCAAGUGGACAUGGCCAGUGGUCAACGAGCCGGGAACGGAAGCGUCAGUGUACAAGGUCCUCUCCUCCUGGUGUGGCAACGCGUACGAGGAGAUGGUGAAGGAUGCGGAGCGCAAGGCGAGGGACCACGAGCGGCUGAAGCUGGAGCGGGACCAGCGGUUCCAGGAGUGGAUGCAGUGCCGCCAGGAGAAGUUCAUCAAAGAGAAGGAGCUAGAGGCGGAGUGUGAGAAGGUGCGCAAGCUGCAGGGGUCGGAGUUUGACAGAGAGAGGCUGGUGAUGCGCGCCGAGUGCGACAUGGAGCUCACUCUGCUGCGCGCCGAGCUGGACGCCUGUGAGAUCAAGUUGAGCAACAAGGAACGGGCAGUAUGCGAACGAGAAGUGGUCGUAGAGCGGGCCCUCUGCGACCAUGCAAAGAGGGGCCUGGAGGCCAACACCACGGCCUGCCAGCAUCGCACGCAGGUCACCAACCUCACCCGCCUCGCGGAGCUAGAAGACACGGCGGACCGGGCGGCGAAGGACCACGGGGAGUGGGCGGCGGAGAGGGAGCGGCUGCGCAAGGAGCUCAAGGCGUGCCGCCCGGCGCGAGCGCAUGCAGAGGCGCGGCUGAGGGAGGUGCUGGCAGAUGGGACGAUUGAUUCUCUGGAGCACACUGUUGUGUGGCUGCAGGUGCUACUGGGGGUGCAGGCGCUGGUGCUGCUCGUCAUGCUCUCCUUCCUCUUCUUCCUGCUGCUCCACGAGGAGAACCCCACGGGAGGGGGCGCGUACGGCUGGGUGGCGGUGCAGGGAGCGUCCAAGAUGCGCCUGGUGCCAGCAGAGGUGGCGAAAGAAACACUCAUGAAGGCGUUUGAGGGGCGCAGGAGGACUCGUCUGCCCAUCGUGCUCACCACUGCAGCCAACUACGAGCCUGACUCUGGCAGCCCCACAUUGGUCUUCCUUCUGGCGCCUGUCAACGUUGCGAGCUCUCGGCGCUUCUCGCUGUUCAACCACUCUGGCGAUUAUGUGACGCAUGCUGAGAGGGCGCAGGAGAUUGUGGCCAAGGCCCUGCCCAAGUCGCGACUGGUGGUGGUGCUCUAUGAGGGGUGCGGGGGGCUCUUCACAGAGGCCACACUGGAUUCCCUGCGACUCAAACCGGACAAGGUGGCAUACGAGGUGAUUCCCAAGGACAUGGAUUUCCCCAAGAGCCACAACCUGGUGGUGCCGUGGGUGGAUAAGACGGAUGGUGUGAAGACAACUGACAGUGAGAGGGAGAGCGAUCUGUCGUCGGUGAUUCGCGCGCAGCCGUGGGCGCAGUACCUGCUGGGGCGGACGAAAGGGAGAGGGAAUUGUGAUUUGAGUGCAGCCGUGGGCACAGUGCUUGCUGGGGAGGAGCGGGAGGAUGGGGCAGGUGCACAGCUAGCUGCUGUAGAUGGAUGGAGUGCGGGUCUCGCAUACAUCCUCCCCCCUCCCCUUGAGAACCAACCCACACCAGGUACCACCUCCCCCUCUCCCUCCUCCCGUCCUUACCUCCUCCUCGUCGCCCCCGGCGGUUUCAUCCCCGCUCUCUCCUACCUCCCGCUCAUCCGCGCUAUAAGAUCCGCCGUUCCCCUACCCCUGCGCAAGCGCCUGUGGGUGGCCGUACUGAAGGAAAUUACCGUUUUGGACCCGGAGAAAGGGAAGGCGUGGGCGAGGGACGGGUAUGAUGCGGUGGUGAGAGUGGUCAAGGAGAUGGGCGCGGAUGUGACGAAUAAGGGCGGCACAUCACGGGUGUUUGUGGUUGGACACAGCAUCGGAGCCUUUCUCAUGACAGCAGUGGUGCGAGAGAAAUGUCUGGGACUCAUCAGCAUUGGAGCCUCACACAACACCCUCGAGACCUCUUUCCUGCAAUUCCCACGGCCCACGCUCACCAUCCUCGGAGACAGGGACGGCCAGGCUCCCCCCAUUGCCAUGGCACUAGCAGUCAAGGAGCUAGACCCUGGAUCCUCAGCAGCAGCGCUGGGUCCACUGCUGUCCAUAGUGCAAAAGCCGUUUGUGAUUAUAAAGGGGAUGAAUCACGCGCAGGGGGGGAACGGGGUGGUGAACCGAGAGAGGGGCGACCUGGAUGCGACUCGGCCAAUCAAGGAGGUGCGGGAGGAGAUUGGGCGGCUGGUUUCAACGUUUAUGCUGCUGCAUCUGCACUCGGACAAUGGCUGGGCUUCGUUGCUACUGGCCGGCAGGGAGGGGGUGAGUGGAGGGGAGGGAGGGGAGGGAGGCGAGGAGGAGCAUGUGGAUGAGGCACAGGAGAGAGCAAUGAAGGUGCUGCAAGGGGCAGUGGAGUGGUCGUUGGAGUAUCUGCGACCAGUGUGGAAGGCCCUGGACAUGGAGAGAGAGGAGCCUCACCACGUGCUGGACGCCAUUCUCUCCCACGCAGGCCUCUCCGCCUCGCUCCCCUCACACACCAUCUUCCACGCCUUCCUGCCCGACUUCCUGCGCUCCAAGCCAGCCCUCCUGCUCGCCUCACAGGGAAGCCCGUUCCAAAGCAACUCCUCUCGGGGGGGCUCCUCUCAGGACGCCUCCUCUCCUCCUCCUACCGUGCUGCAGUCUGCAUGGCUGCAGUCGCAGGGUAAGUUCUGGCCGUGCCAGCCGCACACCCUGUGGGUCAAGUGCAAGAGCGCUGCUGCUAUCAGGGAGGCUCUCGGCUUGGAGCUUGCUGGGGUAGAGGGAGACGCAGCAGUGACACCUGUAGGAGCAGCAGGAAAAGAAAAGCCCUCUCUUGAAGCCGCGUUUUCGGCAUGGGCGGCAGCGGCGCCAAUGGAAGUGCGCCACGUGGCGGCGUCGAUCAACGAGGCAGCGAUGCAGCGGGCUCUGGAGAUGGUGCACCCGCAUGCGAGGGAGAGGUACGAGAUUGACGGGAAGAAGGUGGUAUUUGGGGAGGAUAAGAUCGUGCCGAUUGAUGAGUGGAUCAAAUCUGAUGUAGAGUGGUUAUUGAAGGAGGGGAUGAAGGAGGGAGACACCGGUAAGGAUGGUGAUAAGGAGGGAGGAGGGAUUGGAGAGAGAGGGGUUGUGGUGGUGAGGUCGCCUGUUUUGAUUACUGCGGAUGAGAUUCUUCCUGCGGAGUUGAAGGGAAGGUUUGGGGGAAUGCACUAUGUGAAGGUGAUUACUGUAGCUCGUGCCAUGCAAUGGAUUAUGCUUGAUGCUUUAAGCUACCCCGCGUGUGCGCGCUGCACGCGCUCGCUGUCGGAGUACACGGUGAAGGGCCAGCAGGUCGCCACGUGGCGCCCGUGGACGUGCAGCGAGUGCCAGCUGGCAGACUGCUCCGCAAAGCCCCUUGAGACGAUCGAGCGACAGACACAUCUGUUCAAGCUCAAGCUGCUGCUGGUGGUACCAGGAGAAUCCCACCCGGUGUCCGGUGUGACGUUUGACAAGGCGGCUCAGCCGCUCAUAGGCUGCACCGGAUCCCAGUGGACCGCCUUCGUCCGGAGAUACCCCUACGCAGCAUGUGUGUUGUCGGAGCUGCUGUGUGGCAUGGUGUGCCGCGUGCAGAUGAAGGACGCCGUGCGAGGCACAGGCCACGAGACCAGGCUCACUCGCAUCGUCCCACUCCCGCUCUCACACUCACCGCACUCUCCCGCUCUCCCACCACACUCGCUCGCACUCACUCCUGGAGCGUCAAGAAACCCAUCUCUGUUUGCACAGCUGCAGAUGCUGUUUGGGGAGGCAGAGCAGGGUGGAGAGGGGCAGGGUGGAGAGGGGCAGGGUGGAGAGGGGCAGGGUGGAGAGGGGCAGGGUGUAGGGGGACAGGGUAGAGGGUGGCAGGGUGUAAGGAGUGACUCUUGA